AUGGAUCCACAACUGGCCGCCAUGGAGACCUCGUCGCCGUAUGGAGAAUCAACCGCCGUUCCACCCCAAGCCGAAGUAGACGACUUUUUACGUAUGUCCUAUCCAUCCAUCCAUCCGUCACAGCGUACAACCUCCUCCCACACCCUUUUCCCCUGCCCAAGGCUGACCAUUGUGGGUAUCGCGACAGGGAAGAAACGAAAGGCGCGAGAGCACAAGGCUUGUUAUCCGUGUCGCCAGCGCAAAGUGAAGUAAGCCGUCACCGGCAAAGACCAUUUCCUCAUCGAGCAAAGGCCCUGACGUUGAACAGAUGCGAUCUAUCGCGACCCUGUCAGACAUGUCGUGAUCGCGACCAUCCAGAAUUGUGUUCAUACCAUCCGCCAAAUAAGAGGCACAAUGUCGAGGGUCAGCCCCCAGCGCCUGUCGUCAAAAUGGGCGACGACCCUGCGCAUGCGACUUCCGCACCUGGCUCCAGCUUCGUGACGCUCGGGAGAAGUGAAUUCGACCUGCUCUGCCGCAAGCUCAACGGCCUUGAGAAUUCGAUUGCGGAGUUGAAGCGUGAGAUCAGGCGCAAUCAGGACCAGAACGGGAACCACGACAGUGAUGGUGGCACGAGCAGUGACGGUCCUCGCGCCCAGACACACUACGAUGUUCAUGGUCUUCAUACAAAGAACGAAUCGGUAUGUCUUGGUAUCUUGCGCUGAAGGUCCCAAUGCUGACCUUGGGUCCCAGGGAGAGAUUGUGCAUCUUGGUGGAGGCUCCGUCCCCGCAAUGCUCUACGCUCUGAGCCAAGGCCAAGCACCCACGGGCCAGGAACAGGCGCAGCUACAGGAAUUCUUGGGCAGAUCAGUCCUGCCUCUCUUCGGGCUCGACAACGAAUCUGCCACCUACCCUUUCGUGGACUUGUGGGGCCUGCCGCAUGGGUCUCUCCAACGCGCGCGAGAGCUUGCCAAGGCUCUUCCUAGUGAUGCCCAGAUGCUCAACCUGUUCCGCAGCUACCAGACCAUGGGAUACAUCAUCUACCCUGGCAUCGCCGACCUGGACCAACUGGAGGCAGAUUUGACGAGUUUUCUCAUGGCCCGCUCCUCUAUCGCGGAUCCCGAUGACGGUGUGACGGAACAGACCAUAUACGGCAAGAGCUACUACUGGCUUGGCAUGGUGUUCGCGGUGCUUGCCAGUGGAGCUCAGUGCAGUGCCUUGACGAGAAAGGAACGAGAACUGACCUCGCAAGUCUAUGGUCAGUCGCUCGAUCGGACUGGGUGCGAGGCACGCUGACCUUCUACAGUGUGCUGCGGUUUCGAAUGCCUUCGCUUUACAAACUUCCUUGCACAGCCCCACGUGGAGAGCAUCCAGGCGCUCCUGAUCAUCGGACAUGUCAUGACAAACAAUAUGGUACGCUCUGUCCUCGGUGCGCCGUCCGAUCCAGUACCUAAUCUCGCGCAGAAUGCGGGCACUGCGUGGUCUCUACUGGGCUUGACAAUAAGACUUGCUCAAGGCCUGGGGCUGCACCAGGCGUGUCCACCUCACAUCCCCAGAGAAGCCGUCUUCCCGCGAUCAAAGGUUUGGUGGGCAGUCAUCUGGCAGGACAGUCUGCUGUCCAUCACAUACGAUCGCAACGCAGCGCUCGAUGUCAACAUCAGCACUAUGCCGAUGCCUCAGCAUUACGGUCCAGUCGGCUCAUACCACGCUUCCAUGUACCGGAUCUGCAAAGUUGGCCUGGAUAUUGUGAAAGAUCGGGCCAAGAUGGGCAGCUCGCGAGAGCAGGUUGCCAGGAUCAAUCAGCUUCGGGAAGAGAUUUCUAGCAUCAUGCGGGAUGCCAAUGAGCAUCUUCGCGAUUCGAGAAUGUGCCAGACGAGCCAGGAGACCUUGGAACACUGGGCGCUCUACUUGCACACCAGCUACGCGAUGAGCGAGCUCUGUCGACCUGCCAUCAGCCCCAGAACUUCAAGCGAGGUCAUCAAGUCGUUCCGUCAGGUCUGCGUGGAGAAUUUGGUCAACGUCGUUGAGUCCUUCUUGGGUCUCAACAACAUCACCUUCUUCGCAAGACAAUCGUGGGCUGCAGUACAUCGCGCUCUCAGCUCCGCGCUGCUCCUCGGUAUUCUCGGCGAACACACACGGAACGAUCGAGCACGCGCUCUCAUCGCUCGCUUCAUCGCGCUCAUGGCGGACAUCACUUCGACCGUUGACCCCACGGAGAUCUCUGCCCCUGUCCAGCGUGGUAAGUGCUUGCUUCCCUCAGACCUUACCACCGAACCGUCCUAGAAGAAAAACACCUGCUCACAGUUCUCAGGCAUUCACGCCCUCCGAAAUCUCAACCUCGAAGAUCCCCCUCGAAGCACCAGCUUCGCCGAAUCCAACAGUGCUCCCCCUCCACCUCCACCUCCUCCUGCUGCCGACGGAGCACCGGCAGAGAGCAUGGUCAAACUCGACCCCAGCCAGAUGUUCACCCCUUCGAAUUCGGAAACCACGGGCACGGCGGAAGAGGAAUAUUCGCCUUAUUCGGUCCUCAACAGUAUUCUCUGGGGAAACAAUGGUGCGGCGACCCCGAAUGAUAUCAUCUAA